GAGUCGAAGAGGUUAGCUGCGGAGCAGCGCAAGAACUCUGUCCCUCCGAGUGCUUCCGUUGCGGAGAACGGAAAGCCGCAGCGGUGCCCGCACACGGAAGUCACGGGAGGCCGAUGGCGAAAGCCCAGUGUUGGGGCCAGCGAUGGGUCGACCACAGCUCCCUCCACACCCCGAGGCAGACUGCUGACGACCACGAGGCUGCUUCCAGGCGGCACGUCGAGCAAAGAGACAUCCAGCCGAUCCAGUGACGGCGAGUUGUCCAACGACCUGACAUCCGACAGUGAGUAG